GCACCUGCCCAGGAGACGGUUCGUUGCCCGGCGGGACGGGGAGAACUGCUUGUCGGAAUCGCGGGAGACGCGCGCCUGGCGAGGCCCCCGUUGCAGCAGCCCAGGCACAGAAGGAAAGGGCGCAUUGGCUGAAUGACAGGAAGUACGUGGCUCCAUCUGCCCCUUCAUCAAGAGCAGGAGGACGCAAAGUGAGGAAGGAAUCGAAAAUGCAGCACAGAAACCAGGUAAAGAAUCGGGGCAAAGCAAAUCCUCUCUUUGGCAGAGUGUGGGCACAGCAGGACCCAGUAUCCUAGAAGUUCAUGAAAGAUAGAUAUUGAGAAUGGGCUCACCCUGGGGUAAAAAGUUGUUGUUGUUGUUGUUAUUCCCCCUCAGAAAAGACCCCACGGUGGGGAAGCCACAGGGCCCCUCCUCCCCACUCCAGCUGCCCCCCCCCCCCGUGCUGUCCUCCUGCCCCUGGAGGCUUGCAAGAGGCAUCUGAACAGCCACCUGCCAGCAAUGCUCCAGCUGCAUUCCUGCCCUGAGCGGGGCUUCGGACUCGGUGGCCUCCUCAGUCCCUUGAAACCGCCCUGUUCUUGCACUGCAGGACAGCCCUGCCAGAGGGCGUCCUGGAAGGGCAGGCUGGACAGUUCUGCAGGGCCUUCGGUCCCACCUGCCUGCUCGGUGCCGGUCUCCACGGGGAGUCCUCCCUCCCAGGCGGCUGCCCCGUUGCUUCUCGCAUGCCUGCAUGUUGCAGCGUCCACAGACUGCCAGGGGAACUGGAUCUUGGCAUGCUGCUCCGACAGUCCGGGACUUUUUCCUGAUAACUAACCAGGACGGGGCUGCUUGGAACCUGAGCCCUUCAUUCCGUGUCUCACAGUCUGAGGCCCCAUCUCAAACUUUCCCCCUAGUAUUGAGUAUGCUCAUUGCCAGAGUGCGGCCUUGAAGGGUCCCACGGGGUCUUCCGUCUUCUGUCAGCCCAUCAUUUCUCUCCUAGGCAGGCCGACAUGCCUGCAGUUUUGCCCUGGGUUGGAAGAUGGACGAAGGACAGGCACGGGGUACCAGGCUGCGGAAAAGAUGUGCUUCUGAGGCUCGCUUCUGAGCCAGCAGUGCAGCUCGGGCUGAGUUAAUGCAACAGUGCACAGGUGGCUCUCGCUCCCAUCCAGCACAGCACAGCCACUUCCAGUCACCACAGCGGAACGAGCAUAUGGCUAGGAAACGUGUUUUGCCAGGGGGCAGAGCCGGGCUUGGUGUGACCCUGAAGCCCAUGUGGUUCCCUUCGAGGGACCUUCAGAGCACUCACCUGCAUCCAGCCAGGCUCUCACUGUGAAGAAGAGCAGGGUUUGCUUUCCUCCUUUCGGGCUGAUGGGAGCCUGGCUGAGUGAUGGUUGCUGGUCUUCUGUGCAUUCCCAGUGUCUCAAGGAUCAGUAAGUCUCCUUGUCAGUCAACCUGGACACUUCAUGCAGUUCCUUUAGGAUACGCAGAACCUUUCAGCGCAUUGUAGGGGCCGCACCCUUGCCCAGCUGAGGCGUUCCCGGCAGGGCUGCAAUAUUCCUGCCUGAAAAUGCCCACGUUGAAGGGAUGGCUGCCUCACUGGGAGCUUCUGGAGGAGGGCGGUCCAUGGUCUGGAUCUUUUCUUUGCAGCGGUCCUUUCAAUUUUUCUCUGUCUCUGUGUCUGUUCCUUAUGCCACAUCUCGUUGCAUUUGGCAAGAGUUCUUCAGAUGUGUUUUGCUCUCAACAUUUCUGCCAGUGCAAUACCCUUAAAUGUUAGCUUUCAUUUCUUACUGGAAAUAUUUCCUUGUCUGGCUACCUAGACAGUUCAGAGUUUCUCAAGAGUUCACCGUAUUUGAGCUCUUCGCUUGAAGGAAAUUCCUCAGAAGCGAGGUUUUGGCAGGGCUUCCAAAGGGCAGAAGGGGGAAUGUGGGAGAUGUUGGCAAGAAAGCUGCCAACUUUGCCUUGAGUUGGAAUGAACUCAGCUGUUUGGGCCUUUCGUUCCUUCCAAGAUUUUCAUUUUCUCUUUCCUCCCAAGCAGAGGAAUUGCAAGACAGUCGAAUUACAUGGAUCCCUGCGUCAUAUCAUCAGAAGCAAGUGAGGACAAAGUGAGCCAGGAGACAUUUCCAAAUGAACAGAAUGCAAAAAGCACAGGGAAAACCAAGUAAAGAACAGGAGAAAAUAAUUCGGUAUUUCUCACAGUGUUGGUAACCAUUUUCUGGAGAGAUUCCAGAAGUUCAGAAAAGAGGAAGGCGAAUGGUCCAGGGUGUCACAAACUCACAAAGGAUUGAUGAAAACAAUCAAACUGUAGAAACUCUAGACACUGAGUGAAUGUGCAGAAUGUUGAAAGAGAUCCAUGCAGGGACCUCGCUCGCCAUCAGGCUCUCUGCAGAACACAGAUGAACAUGUCUACCAUGGAAGGAGUCUCAAAGAGCGAGAACUGACUUAAUGAGCAACAGCGAUGCAGCAAUCGAGGAGGCCCUGUCUAAUCAUGGAAUGUAGGGAGAGCUUAAGGGCUGGUGAAAGGCUUCCAGAGGAUGGAGGAGCCCAGCCUGCAGAGCAGCUCUAUAAAUACAUGGAAUAUUGUGAGACCUUCAGUGAUCCAGGUGAUGUUUCUAGAUGCCAAAGAAAGCACACUGGGGAGAUAGCAAGGAAAAGCAAGGAAAGUGGAAAGAGCUUCAGUCAGAGGGGAUAUGUUAUGAUGCAUCAAAAAAUCCACACUGGAGAGACGCCUUGCACAUGCAUGGAAUGUGGGAAGAGCUUCACUUGUAGAGGAAAUCUUAUAAGGCAUCAAAGAACGCACACGGGAGAGAAGCCAUACAAAUGCAUGGAAUGUGGAAGGGCCUUCAGUCAGAGUACAGCGCUGACUCGACAUCAAAGAACCCACACAGGGGAGAAACCAUACACUUGCAUGGAAUGUGGAAAGACCUUCAGUGGAAGUGGAGAGCUUACUCAGCAUCAGAGGACCCACACUGGAGAGAAGCCUUACACAUGCAUGGAAUGUGGAAAGAGCUUCAGUCGGAGUGGACAUCUUAUAAGGCAUCAAAGAAUCCACACAGGAGAGAAGCCAUACAAAUGCAUGGAAUGUGGAAAGAGCUUCAGUGGGAGUGGAGAGCUUACUCAACAUCACAAGUCCCUCACUAAGAAGAAGCGAUACACAUGCAUGGAAUGUGGAAAGAGCUUCAGUCAGAGGGGACAUCUUAUACUGCAUCAAGGAACCCACACUGGAGAGAAGCCAUACACAUGCAUGGAAUGUGGAAAGGCCUUCAGUCGGAGUGGACAUCUUAUAAGGCAUCAAAGAACCCACACUGGAGAGAAGCCAUACAAAUGCAUGGAAUGUGGAAAGACCUUCAGUGGAAGUGGAGAGCUUACGCAACAUCACAGGACCCACAGAGGGGAGAAGCCAUACACAUGCAUGGAAUGUGGAAAGUCCUUCAGUCGGAGUGGACAUCUUAUAAGGCAUCAAAGAACCCACACUGGAGAGAAGCCAUACACAUGCAUGGAAUGUGGAAAGAGCUUCAGUGGGAGUGGAGAGCUUAUUCAACAUCACAGGACCCACACAGGGGAGAAGCCAUACAAAUGCAUGGAAUGUGGAAAGGCCUUCAGGCGGAGUGUACAUCUUAUACUGCAUCAAAGAACCCAUACUGGAGAAAAGCCAUACAAAUGCAUGGAAUGUGGAAAGGCCUUCAGUCAGAGUACAUCCCUUACUCGACACCAAAGAACCCAUACAGGGGAGAGGCUCUGUGAAAAUGUGCCAUGAGCAAGGAAGGGAUCUUGUGGGCAGGCUAUGUAAUGAACAUGUCAGCCUAUUUCAUGUUCACUAUGUAAACCUCAGAUGCCAUUGUGGUCACUGUGAGGAAUGGAAGUGAAGGUAGAAUUUUUGGAUCUAAUUACCAUUGAACAAGUCUCAGCUGCAACUGCACUAGAAACACUGUCUCCUGUUCUGCUUGUCCCAGCUCAAUAGCAACAUGGUUGAAUUGGAGAAAGUCCCGGGAAGCCUCACAAAAACGACAACCCAGUUUCAGGCUGGACAUCAGGAAAGGCUUCCUCACAGUCAGAGCAAUACGGCAGUGGAACCAGCUGCCUGGGGGGGCA